AUGACAACUCCACCAGCUUCUAACUCUAUUGACGAACCACAAUCCAAGCGACAGAAGCUCACGCAUCCCGAGACUCACCCAGGCAAAUCCGAACCCACGCCCACAAGCUCGACCACAGCAACGAUCACGACCACAGCAACGAUCACGACCACAGCAACGAUCACGACCACGUCCACGUCCACCAUGGCGGGGCAGACCCCGAUCCCGCUCCCGCGCGUGCUCACGCACAAGUCCUCCCAGCCGCCCGAGCUCAUCACCCAGGGCGCCGAGGGCCUGCUCUACAAGACCUACUACCUGCAGCCGUCACUUCCCUGCGCGCUCAAGUACCGGCCCUCCAAGCCCUACCGCCACCCGAUCCUGGACGCGCGCCUGACGCGCCAGCGCAUCCUGGCCGAGGCUCGCAUCCUGGCAAAAUCCCGACGCGAGGGCGUCGCCGUGCCCGCCGUCUACUGCGUCGACGAGGCCGCCGGCUGGAUGAUGAUCGAGUGGGUCGCCGGCCAGCCCGUGCGCGCCGCCGUCAACGCCUGGCUGGGCGACAAGGGCGAGGCCGAGGUGCUCCGCGAGGGCGGCAACGCCGACCUCGUCGCCCUGAUGAGGAGGGUCGGCGCCGCGGUCGGCGCCCUGCACGCCGCCGGCAUAGUGCACGGUGACCUGACCACGAGCAACAUGAUGCUGCGGCCGGCGCCAGCCAGGGGCGAAGACGGCGCGGACGCGGGGGCGAACGGCCAUAGCAACGGUGAUGGCGGCGUCAUCCUGGACGGCGAGAUUGUCAUCAUCGACUUUGGCCUCGCCAGCCAGAGUCAGAGCGAGGAGGACCGCGCCGUGGACCUGUACGUGCUGGAGCGCGCAUUCCUCAGCACCCACCCGCGCACCGACAAGUUGUUCGGCGAGGUACUGGCCGGGUACGCAUCGGCCUUCAAGGGGUCCAAGCCGGUACUGAGGAAGCUGGAGGACGUGCGGAUGCGCGGGCGCAAGCGGAGUAUGCUCGGUUGA